AUGAAGUCAGUGUUGAAGUGGUGCGGGAGGGAGCGUUUGGAUCAACUCCUCACCAGCCGCGACAACCGGGAGGGCCUGGCCAGACAGUUGGAAGCCGAUACCAAGCUGCUGACCUGGCUGGAGAACUGCUACCCUGCGGUUGGAACUAAGCGUGCUGCAGUGGAUGAGUUCCUGGCAGGGAUUGCAGAUCUUGAGUUGGCAGAUGAUGAGGUGCUUCAGUUGAUCAACUUGGCACCAGUGGAGACCAUGUAUCUCUACAGCUUGUGCGAAGACUGCGAAAACCGCUUCAGCGAGGAAGACUUGCAGCGGAUUUGCCACCUGGUAGAUGGUCACGAGUCAGUCAUGGGUCAUGAGGCCUCACAUUUGAUCGAAGUUGAGCACUACGUAGCAUUACUGUGCCCCACUGCUCCACGCAGCUUUUGCUUCCAGCCUUCGCAGCUUGAUCCCAUGCAGCCCAGCCAUGCUGCGACACUGGGCCGGGCGCCCCGGGUGCCCAGGGCACCCCAAGUGCUGCGCCCAGCGCCGCGCGGCGCAGCCGUGGCCAAGGCACCGGCCGUGCCGCGCAGCUCCCUGGCCUUUGCGGCCGUGACGGGCGCCAUCGCGUGGAAGACCUGGACGGCCCGGCGGCAACGGGCACCGCAACAGGUGGAGAAAAUGAACACGAAGAAUUUCCUGAGCACGGGCAGCUUGACCCUGGACCUGGCCCUGUGUGGUGGGUUGCCGCGCGGCCGCAUGGUGGAGAUCUUUGGGGAGCCGCAGUCGGGCAAGACCUCUCUGGCCCUCAGCUGCCUACGGGCUGCGCUGCGGAACAAGCAGAGCUGCGCUGUUCUGGACGUAGACCGGCAGUGGCCCCACUGUGACGCCUCUGAAGAUCAGCUACUUCGAGCCCGACCGAAGAAUGCAGAGGAGGCCAUGGAGAUGAUGGUAGAUCUGGUGAAUUCCAGGCAAUAUGACCUCAUCAUUUUGGACAGUGUCGCCAGCUUGAUCUCCAAAGAAGAGUUGGAGGCCGACAUUUCGUCCACAGAGGUUGGCUUCGCAGUGCCGAAGCUGUUGAGCAGAUUCUGCACAAGGAUGGAGAAGAUCUUGCCCGAGACCGGGACGACCAUCAUUUUCACCAACCUUUUGAGGAACUCCAGGUGGUCGGACUAUGGCGCUGACAGCGAAGUGACCUGUGGAGGCAAUGCAGUGAAGUACCGUUGCAGUCUUCGCAUCGCAGUGAGGCAGCUGGAGAGACCACGAUGGAGCGAAGGCGGUGAAGAUGAGGAUGUAAAGGCAAUGAAAACACUGCUGGAAGUGGUCAAGAACAAGGACGGACCAAAGGGACCGCCAGUGGAGUGUGACCUUCUGCUAGGGAAGGGCAUUUCCUGGGAGAGCAGUGUGGUUGAGGCCGCCAUGGACCUCCACGUCCUUGCCGACGCAGAUGCCGAAAGCGACGCAAGUGGUGCCGUGGUCUUCCAGGGCCAGGCGCGGCAGCCGAGCGACUGGGCCAAGGUGUUGGAGGACGACCCCAAGAUCUGCCAACAGCUGGCGAAGGCGUGUCGCAAAGCGUGGAUUCGGAGAAUGAAUUGGAUGACAACAUGA